CGCAUAUCACCUGCUUACUUGACAUGGACACUCGGCUUCGCUUCUAAAGAACCAACGCCCUGAACUUCGACCUCGACCCGAACCGCAGCAUUCAAGCAUGACAAACAUGGCCAUAACGACAACGGAGCAUCUCACCGCCUACUUGGCGGAGCAUCACCCAGAUCUACACUAUGCCACCAUCGAACGCGUCACAGAGGGCAGCUCCAACUACGUCUGGCGCAUCACUCUGGCGGACAAGAAAGGCGCUCCGCCGCUCGCGCUACGUGAGGAUGGAACGACGAUGACAACAAUGAUUGUCAAACAUGCGGAGCCGCAUUUAGCUGCGCAGCCAGAUUUCCCCUUCCCGGUCGACAGGAUGGCCUUCGAAGUCUGUGCGCUCACCGAGAUCCCCCGCGUGCUUGCUGCUACAGCUAGCAGCUCGAAUGUCCAAGGCGAUCUUGGGGCUAGCUUCGUGCACGGCACGAUUCAGGAUGCUGGCCUAGGUUCGGGGGCCGAGUCCGCGCAUAUUGAUACCAGAAUCCGUGUCCCGCGCGUCCUGUCAUUCGACGAACAAAGUCAUGUUCUCUUCCUCGAGGACGUAGGCCACACCAGCUUGGCAGAGGCUUACACAGACCCGGCGCUCGAUAUCCCCGACAUUGGCAAGAGGAUCGGGACCUGGCUCGCGCGGCUGCACGUCGGCACGACAGCUCCAGAGCUUCACCGCCAGUUUGAGCAUCCUGUCGCGAGGAGGAUGUAUCGCUGGAACUUCAACAAUCUUGCGGCGGUAUUGGAACGCCAUGGCCAUGACGGCGAGCUGGGCAGGGCGAUCAACGCCAGGUAUGGCGCGCAGCUGGAGACUGACGACGAAUGUGUCUGUCAUGGGGACAUGUGGCCGGGCAACAUCCUGCUGCGCAGUGUGGAUGCGCAUCCCAGCGGUUCGGAGGCUGGGGAUGGCAUGAACGAGAUGCAGCACGAGACCGGCAUUCUCGACACAUCUCCUACUACACGGGGGCACGAUCUGGUGGUGAUUGAUUGGGAGGUUGCGCGUAAUGGCACCGGCGCUACUGAUGUGGGCCAUUUCUCAGGAGAAGCAUGGCUGCUGGACACACUGAAAGGCAGUGCCGCUCGUGGCUCGCUGCUUGACUCGUUUCUGGUGGGUUAUAUGGUAGAGAAGGCCCGCAUAUCUGGAACCGGGUUGAAGAUGGAGGAGCGGUGGAGGAUUGCCGCACAAUUUGCUACGCAUGUCACUCAUUGGCCGACGAUAUAUGGCUGGAUUAACGAGGAUGAGACGCGACGUUGCGUAGAGUUUGGCGCAUCGUAUUUGAGCAAGGUUGACCAACGGGACGAGGAGUGGUUUCGAGCCAGUGUUCUGGCUCCUGUCUUUGCCUGAACUUGGAAUCACAUGAGUCCAAGGGUGAACUCUCCUUCAGUCAGGUGGCCUUAUCGCCAUGAUAGCCACACGCAUGCGGGUUCUACCAGCUUCGUGGGUACUAUUCCACUUUUGUAUGCCCUGGGACCGGAGCUCUCUCUCUACAUACCUAAAGUAGCCAUUCCCGC